AUGCCUCUGCGCAGGUCAGCUGAGUACGAUGAAGACAGAGACCAGCUCCCAUGCUCGGAAUCGGGACCGAUACCAGAACUCUGGGGCAUUCAUCCUUCGUUUCCUCAAGUCUUCCUCGAGCCAGAUACGAUUCGCCAGAGUCCCUACACUCAGGAUGAAGCAGCAUACGAUGCUUUUCAGUACAAUCACCCCUCGAUGACUCGAUCACGUAGUCAGCAGUCCGCAGACUACUUUGAAGGCCUUCCAGCGUCUCUCAGGCCAGCUUACGGUCGAGUGGGACGUCCAAAGUCUCCCAGUGCGGAGUCCAUGGCUGCCGAGUGGGCCGAUCAGAUGAACAUGAUGCGAAUGAGACAGGACCGAAUCGAUUGUUGGAUCGACAGUCUGGACAGCCAAAUUUCCUUAGCUAGAACGCAAGGCACAGCUCUGGAGGAAGUGCCCCUAAGCGAAGGUCUGUCUCCACUGGCGCAAACAGCAAGUAGACAACCACGACACUGGAGUGGGCAGCAACGCAAGGCUGUGCCAGUCAAAAGUGUGCACGGAAGCAUAUUGGUCGCCACUAGUGGACUCUCGGGUGAUCAAUCGCGAGGAGUAUCUUCUCGCAGAACAGCCAUGGCGCCAACCGAGGGUGGUGGAGAUGUGGUUGUAAUGGCUCCGUGGCGAAGCAGUGAGAUGCUGCUAACAGCUACUCUGUGCCUUUUCCAGGCCCUGUUGUUCUAUCCGUACGGUCAAGGACUGACGACAGCGAUUUCACUCUCAGGCUCACUGUUGCACGCCACCGACCGCUCAACCCAAGCGCUACCGGAGCACGAUCGACAGAAAACCAUGGCAGACGCAGCGUGGAUCGCAGCCUCGUACCCGUUGACUCAUGCGGCGUUCUCACUCCUCGGGCAUCAGUUCGGGUCAGCUUGUGGUCACAGACUGAUGCUGUUGGCUGCUUGCAUUUUCUGGAUAGCCUUUCAGCUUGGCUGUGCCUUUGCACCAAGCGUUGCGGCGUUGUGCAUCUUGAGAGCAUUCGCGGGUAUAGGAGCUUCUUUUAUGACUGCAAAUGUGGUCGCAUUAAUCGUGGUUUUCAUGCCAGCUGGAAGAAAGAGGGCCAUGGCGCUCGGUCUGGUGGGAGCAAUGGCACUUAUCGGCACGUCUGUAGCAUGCGUGCUAUCCGCGAUACUCGUGCAGCUCACCACGUGGAAAUGGAGCUUCAUAGCACCGGCCUGCUGCGGUGCAGCGCUCUUUCUCCUCGCUUUGGCCACAGUGCCUCGAGACAGUCCAAUUCAAUCACGCGCCAGGAUCGAUCUGAUCGGAAGCUAUCUCGGAAUCGCGGGCCUUUGCUUGUUCAACUUCGUGUUCAACCAGGCACGAGUUGUGGGCUGGGACGAACCGUACAUCUACAUCCUCGUACCAAUUGCCUUGGGUCACAUGCUGUCCUUUUUCUUCUGGGAGACGAGAAUCGCAUCCAAUCCAGUGCUGCCUGUCGGAUUACAGCGAUCGCGACAUUUACCCAGGACUCUGUUCAUGGUUUUGUGCUCCAGCUUGUCCUUGGGUGUCUUCCUCUGGUACUUCGGCCUCUUCGGUACUCAGAUCCGAAAAUACAGUCUGAUCGAGAGUGGUGCAAACUAUCAACCUAUCACAGUAUUGUCAGUGGCGACGAUAUUUGCCUCGUCUCGGCUUUUGACAUGGGCGUCGGCGAAGUACUUGUUGGCCGGCGUCAACCUCGCACUCAUUCUUGCCACCACUCUCCUCGCAGCGGCACCCAACGAUGUGACAUUCUGGGCCAUGCCGUUCCCUGCAUCAUGCAUGAUUGCAUUGUCCGCGACCCUGGCACAAGCGGCAGGUCGAGCAAUCGAAGUGGAGAGUUUCGAGCAGAAGUAUCAGAGCGUCGCCGUCACUCUGCUGCACGCGAUGCUGAGCUACGGAUUGAGCACGGGCAUCGGCAUCGCAGGCACGGUCGAGAUGGAGGCAUACGGCGAUGGCCACGAUGCUCUCGUCGGAUACCAGUGCGCCUUCAUCUUCGCAGCGGCGCCGGCCGGCAUCGCGCUGGUGGGCUCUCUGAUGUUUCUCGGCGGCGACACGCGGUCCAAGACGGGAGGAUUCGAGCAGAUGAAGGAGACCAAGCCGCGGCGCCGGCUGCUGGGCAAAGUGCGUCUGAUUUCACUGAUGAGAGUGCGUUGGAUAAAUCGGUAA